AUGGCGCCGAUCACGGGUCUUCUACGGCCCUCGAACAAGGAUGACAAAUUUCAGGAGAGAUCGAGAAUCCCGUCUGCGUAUAACCCGAUGUACUCGUACCGGGUCGGAAGAGAAGACACAAAACAAUACCAUCAGCAAUUUGCCGAUAUAUACUUUCUGCGCCUUGCAAAACUGAAGCCUAUCGUCGAGAAGAUCGGCAAAGCAGAUUGGGAGGACUUCGAGAUUGCUGGAGAAAAGGCUGAAAGAGUGCACCGAGUCCUAGAUGUCCGCCAGGGAGAGUUAUGUUGGGUUGUUGGCACCAUCUAUAUGGACUUGCCGUUGAAGCCAAAUAUCCUCGAGGACAUUUCAAAAGAGCUUUGGGUAGCUGGACCACCACCACGAGAAUCCUACCUGAAUGCGGACGGCGAAACGCAGGUCAUGCUUGAAGACGAGUCGGGCCGUCUGAGGCUGACUGGCGCCGUGCUGUCCGACAAGCUGCUCGUCACUGGGGUCAUCGUCGCGGUUCUCGGGACUGAGAACGCCAAUGGAGAUUUCGAUGUCCUGGACAUGCAUAUUGCCGAGCUACCUCCACAGCCGAAACGGUGGGAACGAGAUGACGAAGAGGCGGAAGAGGAAGGUGACAUGGCUAUCGAUCGUCCAGCAUACCCAGGAAAGAAGAUUGCACUUGUCAGUGGACUGGACAUCUCUGGGAGUGCUGCCGACACACUCAAUCUCUCAUUACUCAGCGAGUUCUUGCUUGGAGAAGCUCUCGACACGGAAGAUCAGGAUGUGAGCACGAACAUAUCCCGACUGAUUGUCGCUGGCAACUCGAUCGCAGCUGAUGCCAUUGUUGAUCAAGCUAAUGGCACAGACGACUCCAAGAAACCGGCACAUAAAAAGUAUGGGUAUGAUGCGUCCGCCUACAACCCGACUCCAACAGCCCAUCUUGACCAGUUUCUGUCGGAACUGCUGCCCAGCAUCCCGAUUACCAUCAUGGCGGGUGAACAGGAUCCGGCAAAUGCCAGCAUGCCUCAACAAGCCAUUCAUCCCGCCAUGUUCCCCCACUCGCGUGCUUACUCGACUUCGAAUUUCGAAGAUCCAGAGACAGAAGAGCCUCCGUGGUUUGAUAGCGUCACCAAUCCAUGGGAGGGCGAUGUCGACGGGUGGAGAUUCAUGGGAAACAGCGGGCAACCUGUAGACGAUAUCCUCAAGUACAUCGACCUCGGAAGUGACGACGGCAAGAGCGCGGACGGCAGACUUCGAGUCAUGGAAUCCUUAUUGAGGUGGAGAUGUGGAGCACCGACGGCACCAGAUACACUCUGGUGCUACCCAUUCCAGGAUCGCGACCCGUUUGUGAUCGGCCAGUGCCCUCAUGUGUUCUUCGUUGGGAACCAGCCUCAAUUCAACACUGCAGUCAUCGAGGGUUCAGAUGGGCAAGAAGUUCGGCUGAUCGCACUACCAAAAUUCCACGAGACCGGCCAACUCGUCCUUGUCGACUCAGAAACCUUGGAGCCUGAGAUCUUGCAAUUCGACAUUCAUCAAACACAUGCGACUAAUGGAGUUCACUGA